AUGUGUGUGAUAGAAAUUUGUCUGUUGAGAGGCGCCUCCCAGCUCUCCCUGUCGCUCUGGUUCCCGAGCUGGUCGCUCUGCUCGGCUUCCCGCAUCGUGUGUGCUGCUCCCCUCAUGGCGGCAGCCCCUAGCUCAGGGUAUGCCUUCUCUGCGCACCCGCUGGCAGGCGGAGAGCCUGUAAGCCUGGGGUCGCUGCAGGGCCAGGUGCUGCUCAUCGAGGAUGUGGCGUCGCUCUGAGGCACCACGGUCCGGGACUACACUCAGAUGAAAGAUCUGCAGCGGCGCCUGGCCCUCAGGGCCUCGUCGCUUGGCUUCCAGUUUGGGCAUCAGGAAAACGCCAGAAACGAAGAAAUCUUAAAUUCCCUCAAGUAUGUGCCACCAGGCAGUGGGUUCGAGCCUAACUUCACACUUUUCGAGAAUUGCGAGGUGAAUGGCGCACUGGUGCACCCUCUCUUUGCCUUCCUGAGGGAGGCCCUGCCUGCGUCCAGCGACCAAGCCGUUGCACUUAUGACCGACCCCAGGCUAGUCAUCUGGUCUCCAGUGUGCAGCAAUGAUGUUGCUUGGAACUUUGAGAAGUUCCUGGUAGACCGCAACAGUGUGCCUGUGCUCAGGUACAGCCACUGCUUCCCAACCAUCGACAUGGAGGCUGACAUUAAGGCCCUGCUGUCCAAGGAGCCCACCUGUGACUAG